AUGGGCCUCUUCACUGGCUCUCCGUCGCGUCCGGCGGCUGCCCGCGCGCCAAAGAAGUCGGGAGCAUCGCGCAGAAGCUCGCUCGCCAAGGCCAGCUUCGUCGCAUCGCCCUCGUCAAUCGAGCGACUGGCAAAGGCUCGUAUCGGCACCAAGAAGGCGGCGCCGAAGCCGCAGGCCGAAGCGGCGGACUCUGAGGAAGAGGUCGACCGCCUACUCGUCCCGGCCGCUCCACUGGCGCCAGGGCCACCUCAAAGCCCUUCCUUUGCGAACCGUCUGCACGACGACGAAGGCGAUGGAUGGCCCGAGUACAGCCCCAUCUUCUCUCCUUGCUUGUCGAAAGCGGCCGCCAUCGGAAUGCGUCCCGCUCACAAGUCGAUGGGCGCCAUCCUGCAGGCCUGCCUGAAGCGUCGCAGGGACAGCAAGUUGCCCUUGCCCGCUCCCUUUGGCGUCGUCCGCAGAUGCGUGCUCGAACAGAGCUUCUCUUCGGCCUUUUCCAUGCCCAAGCGGGCGGCGCGCUUUGUCUCGAUCCAUUCGAUCCGGCGCAAGGAGCUCGAGCGAGACUAUUGUCCGCCGCCGCAGCCGCACGAGACCUGCCCGAGGGGGCAUCGCUGCCUCGGCCGCUGCGUCCUGGGAUUCGCUUGUCCCAAGCUGGAGAGGCGAGCGUCAUAA